AUGAUUUUGCAACAAGGAUUACCGCUUCUCUAUCAGCAGUUCACGGCGUUAUUCAAGAAGAACCUGCUGCUCUCAUGGAGGAACAAGAGAUCUACGUGUCUUCAGCUCUUCUCAUCAUUCUUCUUCAUCCUUGUCAUAUUUUGUAUCGAGGAAGCUAUGAAGGCGAGCGAGGCAUCCUCAACUGCCUACAAGAACGUCACCGAUCCCACGCUUCUGUUUUCGCCACCUAUUCUUCCUUGUGAGGAUAAGUUCUUCGUGAACCUUCCUUGCUACGACUUCGUAUGGAGCGGUAACGAUAGCCGCCGUGUGACUGGCAUCGUCUCUGCAAUCAUGGCUAACAAUCCAGGGAGACCAAUUCCGACCAACAAGGUUCAAUCGUUCAAAAGGCCUGAGGAGGUAGAUGCAUGGUUUAUGUCACAUCCUUUGCAAGUCCCAGGAGCUUUGCAUUUUGUGGAAAGGAAUGCUACAGUAAUCAGCUAUGGAGUUCAGACAAAUUCUUCAUCGGAGAAAAAACGUGGUCAGAUGGAAGAUCCAACGUUUAAGUUCCUUGUUCCUCUUCAAAUCGCUGCAGAGCGUGAGAUCGCGAGGUCCUUAAUUGGAGAUCCAAAGUUUGGUUGGGGUUUUGGAUUUAAAGAAUUUGCACGCCCAGCUAUUAUAGGUGAAGCUAUCUCAGCACUCAAAGUUAUGGGACCAAUCUUCUUUCUUGCCUUUUCCAUGUUUGGUUUUGUUCUCCAGCUCGGUUCUCUUGUCACCGAGAAAGAGCUAAAACUUCGUCAGGCAAUGACAAUGAUGGGAGUUUUUGAUACAGCCUAUUGGUUAUCAUGGCUCACAUGGGAAGGACUACUUACGUUUGUAUCAUCACUCUUCUUAGUCCUCUUUGGAAUGAUGUUCCAAUUCGAUUUUUUCUUGAAGAACAGUUUCUUUGUUGUCUUUCUACUCUUCUUGCUUUUUCAGUUUAAUAUGAUUGGCCUAGCCUUCGUGCUAUCAUCUUUCAUCAGCAAAUCAUCUUCAGCAACAACUGUUGGUUUCCUUGUGUUUCUCAUUGGCUUUAUUACACAGAUUGUAUCAGCUACUGGAUUCCCUUACUCCAACGCUUAUCCUGCUUCUCGACGGGCGCUGUGGUCACUCUUCCCUCCCAACACUUUUUCUGCGGGCCUUAAGCUUCUUCUUGAUGCAACUUCAACUCCAGCAAGUUCAGGAAUUAGCUGGAGUGACAGAGCUGUAUGCGAAGGAGGCAUGCCAACUUGUGUAAUUUCAAUUGAUAUUAUAUACCAGUGGCAAGUCGGGACAUUCCUUUUCUGGUUUUUCCUCGCCAUCUACUUUGACAAUAUCAUUCCCAAUGCGUCAGGUGUGAGAAAACCCAUCUUCUACUUUCUAACACCUGGUUAUUGGACUGGCCAAGGAGGCAAUAAAGUGGAAGAAGGUAGUAUUUUUAGCUGUAUUGGUUCAGUUCCACCGGUAGAGCAUGUAGCCCCAGAGGACCAGGAUGUGCUUGAAGAGGAGACGGUAGUUAAACAACAAGCAAUGGAUGGAAUAGUUGAUCCUAACAUUGCUGUUCAGAUUCAUGGUCUUGCAAAGACAUAUCCUGGAACGACGAAGCUUGGUUGUUGCAAAUGCACCAAAACAUCUCCUUUUCAUGCUGUAAAGGGUUUGUGGAUGAAUAUUGCCAAAGACCAGUUGUUUUGUCUACUUGGACCCAAUGGCGCAGGAAAAACAACUUCAAUCAGCUGUUUGACUGGAAUAAAUCCAGUAACUGGUGGGGAUGCUCUUAUCUAUGGAGAUUCCGUGAGAAGCUCUGUUGGUAUGUCCAACAUUCGUAAAAUGAUAGGAGUGUGUCCUCAGUUUGAUAUUCUUUGGGAUGCUUUAUCAAGUGAAGAACACUUACACCUCUUUGCUAGCAUCAAAGGGUUGCCGCCUGCAUCUAUCGACUCGACCGCUGAGAAGUUACUGGCGGAUGUAAAACUGACAGGUGCGGCGAAAGUUAGAGCAGGAAGUUACAGUGGUGGAAUGAAACGCCGACUCAGUGUAGCAGUUGCACUCAUUGGUGAUCCCAAGCUGGUCUUCCUAGAUGAACCGACAACUGGCAUGGACCCUAUCACGAGGAGACAUGUGUGGGACAUUAUACAGGAGUCAAAGAAAGGCCGUGCCAUCAUACUAACAACGCAUUCAAUGGAGGAAGCUGAUAUUUUAAGUGACCGAAUAGGGAUCAUGGCUAAGGGCAGGCUCCGUUGCGUUGGGACAUCAAUCAGGUUAAAGUCUCGUUUUGGCACUGGUUUUGUUGCUACCGUUAGCUUCACUGAAAGCAAAACCGGAGCUGGAGCUUCACACGAGCCAGUGAAGAGAUUCUUUAAAGAGCAUUUGGAAGUUGAGCCAGCAGAUGAAAACAAGGCUUUCAUGACUUUUGUUAUCCCCCACGACAAAGAGAAACUUCUUACAGGUUUUUUUGAGGAGCUAGAAAACAGGGAAUCUGAGUUUGGAAUCUCGGACAUACAGCUUGGACUUGCAACUCUUGAAGAAGUGUUUCUGAACAUCGCUAGACGAGCUGAACUGGAAAGUGCAACUGUUGAAGGAAAUAUGGUCACUCUCGAGUUAGAAUCUGGCAUCUCACUAGAGAUACCCGUGGGAGCCAGAUUUGUUGGGAUCCCUGACACGGAAAACGCAGAGAAUCCAAGUGGGGUAAUGGUUGAAGUCUAUUGGCAACAAGACGGGUCGGGAUCGAUGUGCAUCACGGGGCAUUCAUCGGAGUUGCGGGUCCCACAGAAUGUUCUGGUGACACGUCCACCAUCUCCAAAUGCAUUAGGACAUAAAGGGCUACGCCAAGCGAUUCGGGGUAUUGUGAUAGAUUUAUGA